UCCAUGCGCGUUCGUUCCAUCCUUUUGAAACACUCUGUAGAAUGGCGACAGUGGCGCAACAAGAUAUCACAUAUCUUACAUAGAACUCUAAACAAGCAACGUAUAGAAUAUGCGGCAAUUCCGCGAUCAAUGUAUUUUUUAUAGUUCGUUUCUUCUAUUUAAAGCUCGAUUAAAAUAAUUACGAUCAAACUGUCAUCCGAAAACUAUUUUAGGCUGAUAAUCUGUAAAUAAAAAAAAAAGUUCGUAACAGGAAAGAAGAGUAGUAAAAAGAUCACCAACAUAAAACUCGACACAAUAUCGUGUAAUACAUUGCAAAUCGAUUAAUUAAAUGAUAAUUACGCUAAUUACGUUUUUAGCUACAAUUUCACUUUCAAGAUUACAGUGAGAUUUCAAAUAAUAAUAACAUUGUGAAAACUCUAUGUAAAGGAAAAUGGUUAGAAUAAAGUGGUCGUUAACAAAAGCUCCAAAUAUUUUUAAAAUUAAUUUCAAGCAAAAAUGGUGGCAUUUUCAAAUCAUUAUAAAAUCUUUAUUUUACAACGACUUCUUAAACUGGAGUUACGUCUGUGAUAUUCUUCUGGAACCAAUGUUUUGGUUUGUAGAAAAUUUCACUGCAUGUUUGGGACCGGUAUUUGUAGUAAUGGUAAGCCUCCUAACCGCAUGUAUCGUGUACAUUGCUUAUUACAUCGGUCUACCGUAUUGGUGGGAGAAGAGUCCGUCGAUGACGAUAAUCCUCCUAUUGGUUGGAAAUUGGUUACUAGUAAACGUAUGUUUUCAUUAUUACAUGGGUGUAAAUGUUCCAGCCGGCUACCCACCGGAAGGUAGCCUUAUUCCAGAGGCUGUAAGUAUUUGCAAAAAGUGUAUUAAACCGAAACCACCCAGGACGCAUCACUGCUCCGUAUGCAAUAAAUGCAUUCUUAAGAUGGAUCAUCAUUGUCCAUGGUUGAAUAAUUGUGUCGGUCAUUACAAUCAUAGAUACUUUUUUCAAUAUAUGACUUUUACGGUAUUUGGUAUUUUAUUCAUUAUGCUAUUUGGAGUAGAAAUAGCGUAUCAAGAAUUCUUUCCGACGCAAGAUCCAGAAUUAGAUGGUCAUCCUGUACGCAUUAAUAAUUCCGAAAUAAUUCCUGUGACGGAAUCGUUAGAUCACUUGAGCGAAGAGGAAUUAGCUGAAAUAGCGAAACAAGCUGCGGAUACGCGUGCUAAAGAAUGGAGACGAAGGCUUAUUGUUUUUGCAGCAUUAAUUUGCGUAGCUACUUUCGCAGCGUUAGGAGCGUUAACGUCCUGGCACGCGGGCCUUAUCGCUAGAGGGGAAACAAGUAUAGAAGCUCGAAUAAAUAGCACAGAAACUGAAAAAUAUAAAGCACUUGGAAAAUUCUAUCAAAAUCCAUAUAAUUUUGGACCAAAACAAAACUGGAAGUUGUUUUUAGGCACCGUUGGAAGAAGUUGGUGGUAUGUAUUGUUUCCAUCGAAUCACGGUCCAUACGGGGACGGUCUCACGUGGAAAACAAUUCACGAUGCAAAGAUAUCUUGAGUAUAAUUCUUCUCUCUAUCGACACCAGUUUCCAUUUAUUUUCUACAGUCA